UAGAAGAUAAUGUUCAUAUUGUUAUCCAACAAUUCCUUGCCAACGGAACACGCGUGGAACUAUCGUCAUGCUUACAAGAUUCUGAUACCAAUCAUUGUUUCGGCCAACUCGUCUAUGAAGGAUGCGGAGAAGUGAAUAUAACAUGUUCGGCUGUAAGAAAUAAGACGGAGAUUAAAAAUAUAACGAGAGAAAUCUUCAUUACCGACAAACCAUCAAUCAAAGCUUUCCAUAUUCACGAUAAAGAAGUGAGUAGUGACAAUUACACACAAAUUUUCUCAUCGGGAAGUUUAAUAGAGUUAAUCUGCCUUGGAGAUGUUUCAAUUGUAAACAGGAAAGUUUUUGAGAAUUUAUCGUUUAGCUGGGGGAAUGGUUUGCUGAAAAUGCAAGAUCCACCUACAGUAAGAACAAUCAGUAAUUUGAAUGAUAAAUGUAAAACCGACCAAACAGUAUCUGCCUUCCUGUAUUUGAAAGGGGAACAGAUGGACACAGAAAUAAAUUGUGAAACUAGUGAUUUGAGAACAUCUUCUUGGGAAAGAAGGACAUUCCGGAAAUCUAUAAAUCUAAAAACAAUACCAGAGAAAAACCAAAUCCUAGGUCCUGUGAUCGUCUUAACAGAUGAGUUAGAGGAUAGAUCACUCCUGUCUUUGACAUGCAAGACAACAACUGAUCUCCAUGACUCAACAGAGGACAUUCAAUGGUGCACCAGAAAAGAAAAUAACACACAGUAUGGACCUCUUCCUCUCCAGGAAGUCCCAGAUAUUGAAAUAUUUAAUAGAACAUUUGAAAAGACGAUCAAAAGUAGCGUUCUGUAUCAGUUAAUGAAAAGCGAUGAAAAUGUGGAAAUUAUCUGUGAAGCUAACCACUCCGACACAUGCGGAUCUGGAAAAUUAAGGGGCACAGUUCUUUUUAAUUCAAAACCAAUCAAAACGCCAAAUCAAAAUUAUACAGAUAGUACUUCGGAGCAAUCGGAUCUGUCAAAUAGUGCAUGUGUUACUUCUGAUGAACGAAACAGACUGAUCUAUGCCUCAGCUGGUGUGAUGACUGCUAGCAUCAUAAUUCUCAUAACAGGAGUCGUUGCGUUUUACAAAGCGAAGAAAAGAGUGAAACAUGAAACCAGCACUUCAUCUUUGGAUGUUACUGCUGCAGAUAAAAUUAAAACGCCAAAAGCAAACGCAUACAAUUCGAUCAGAAACAAUCCAAUCUCAGAAGUUUACCAGAAUCAAAUAUCGUCUGGCGGCCAAACUUAUUCGAAUACUCCAGUUCACUCAGGAGGAGCAACCUUUGGUGUGUACGAUUCAACUGAAGCUGAUGGUGAAGAUUUGUAUGAACCUGUAGAAGUACCUCAUGAUGAGCAACAUGUUUAUGAAGGAAAGCUUCAAACUGCUGAACUAUAUGAAGAUGUGUAAACAUGAUGAAAAUAUCAGAAAGCUGAAAGUAGAAAUACAAAAAUCGGUUAUAUUUAUUGACCAAUUAGUGGAUGCUCUUCGCAGCUUUAAUUUGUAAUAUGUAUAUCUAAAUAUCUGCAAAUACAAGAUGUAAACACUUUUAUUUGAUUUUUGCUGUUAUUAGUGUUCAAAACUUCUUAACUGACCCUUGUUACAAGUGUGAUGUCAUGUAUUUUAGUGAUAACAUUCAUAAUUUAUGUAAUAUAAUACAAAUAUUUAGAAUCUUGUAUAGUCUCUUUUGUCGUAAAGUUUUUUUCUGCUUGAUUUAAAAGCGAUGUAACAAUCAUCAGAUCUGGUACCAAGAAAAGUUAUUUCAUCAUUUAAAAUGCAUUGUCUGGGUUUGUUUGUUUUGUUUUGAUUUUUUUUUUUUUUUAAUGCAUGUUUACCUAUAUUUUAAGCAAAUACAUUUCGUGUUUUAGCAAGUUUUUUUUCCGAUGUCCUUUAGAAGUACUUUGGCAUGCAUAAACUCAGGUUUCUUUAUCAUGUCAUAAUUUUACCAUAUUCUUUCAUCUCGCGAUUGACUAUAUAGAAUACUUAUUGAAAGAAUAUUUUACCUUAAGUUUCCUCUUUUGUCUACAUUCUGAUUUUUUAGAAAUUCUACGAAAUUGGAUUUCACUUGGUGUUUAAUGAUGAAUUUAGUGUCAAAUUAAGAGAGGGAAGCAGAGAGAAAGAGAGACAUCGUAAAUUGAAUUAAGCAUCUCUUGAAAACUUCCUACAAAAUGUAAUUUGAACUCAUCACCUCAGUAAUAUUGUAGUGGAAAACUAUCAAUUCAUCUUCUAAUAGGAACAUCUAGUGAGGUUAUUUUCGUAUUGUUUAAUAUAUUUCGAUUUUAGGGGUGUGAUUUUUGUGUUAAAUUCUGUUAAUUAAUUUUGAUUUUUCAUCUUUUUUUAGCUCACCCGCUUUUAAAGACCUAGUGAGCUUUUCUGAUCACAUUUUGUCUGCAGUCCGUUUGUUCAAAUAAAGGUCCACACCCUCUUUCAGGGGAGAUAAUUAAGAAUAAGUGAAAAUUUAAUUUAAAAUCUUUUAAUGGAAUCUAUAAAAAAAAAAAAAAGAACCACAGGGCAAAAAAAAUAUGAAACAUAUCAACGUUUCAUUGCAUAGUGUAGAUUCAAGUUUGUUCAAAUCAUGACCCCCGGGGGUAAGAUGGGGCCACAAUGGGCGAUCAAAGUUAUACAUAGGAAUAUAUAGGAAAAUUCUUUAAAAAUUCUUUCUCAAGAAAGCGAAUCCAUGAUUAGUCAUAUUAAAAUGGAAAGAUCCUCAGGUAGUGUAGAUUCACGUUUCUUCAAAAUAUAAACCCCUGAGGAUAGACCGGGACCAAAAUGGACCAUGAAAGUCCUACAGAAUAUAAAGGAAAAUUCUUUAAAAUCUCAAGAACAUCAAAGCCAUGAUUAGUCAUAUUUGUUGAAAUCCUCCUCAGGUAGUGUAGAUUCAAGUUUGUCAAAAUCAUGGGCCACAGAGCAAAGUCUUACAUUGGAAUAUAUAGGAUUUUUUUAUAAUCUUCUUCUCAAGAACAGCAAAGGCUUGAUAAGUCAUAUUUAUGUUAAAUCAUUCUCAGGUAGUGUAGAUUCAAGUGGGGUGGGGUAAAAAUAUGUGAUUAAAGCUUUACAUAGGAAUAGACAGGGGAGAAUUCUUACAGCAAGGCCAUAGUUACUCAGGUGAGUGUUGUGGCCAUUUGGCCUCUUGUUACCUCACCUAUCCCAAAGACUUGCUCAUGUAGGCUUGUCAAAUCGCAAUUUGUCUAUCCGUUUUGUUCUUGACUUUGUUACCGUAGUUAUCGGCGUACAUUUUUCACAUUCGCAUUUACAGAGUAUCCUUGCGGGAAGAAAAUUCACAUGUUAUAGUAAAGGUCCAACCCCACUGUUAAUGAUUUAUGAUCAAGAAAAGACACAAAUAAGGUGUGAAAUAAAAUAUCUUUCUUAAGAGCCAUUGGGCAAGAAAAGGGAAACCUUACGUGAAAAUCUCCUUACAGAUUGUUUUGAUCAUACCGCUCAGGAUUAGGUUUUGAUCAAAAUUCGGGAUCAAAUCUUCACAAUUUUAUAUAUAUAUAUAUAUAUAGGUUUUUUUUUUAAAGAAAUCUCCUUUUAAAACUAGCAGAACAAUAGUUAUUUAUAUAAAUAUACAAGCAUCCUCAGGUAAUGCAGUUUGUUAAAAUCAUGGCCCCAAGGUAAGGGCGAGGAAAAAAUAGGACUGAUAUCGUAAAAGAUCUUUUAUUCAGAACAACAGAAUCACAGGUGAGUGAUGUGUCCUAUAAGCCUUUUUUCUUAUUUUGGUUUUCUUGUAUAGUACCAGCUAAUCAUUUUUUCAGAUCAGCCAUUAUCAUAUUUUAAGUUAUUUACUGUCAGAGCUUGUGUGUCUGAACCCUUUCUUGUGUGUAAAAUUGUUCAACUUUUAUCAAUUUUUAAAUAAAUCACAUUCUUUAACUUCAUAAA